AUCUUAACAAUCAUCGUAUGUAAUCUUAGCAGAAUAUCUUAGCGUCUCACGCUAUGCUUUCUGCUGCUGUUUACCAUAGGACUGAGAUAGUUAGACCGAAGAAAUAACGCAGUAGACAACGAUUGCUCUAUGUAGAAAAGCGCACUGCGUCAGUCUUUUUUGGUAGGUGGCGGUAGGCGUGUCAUGUUGUGCGUGAGUCAAAUAGUCGAGCGGGGCAAACAACGCGAUACAGAUAGAUCCUGGUUCGUUCAUCUCUAGUGGAAUGACUGAUAUAGGAAAUCCUGAAUUUACGUUGGAAUUUAAUAGUUCAUUCCGUGAGUCGGAAAUCAAGGCUUUGGCAAAAAUCGUAAACACUUUCACAGCUAGCACCUUCGCUGAGAUCAGUGAAAAGGUACUGAGUCAUCUGUCUAAGGUGUCUGGCAAUGUUCAGUGGAUUGUGUUCUGCGGAAACAACUUCAAUUCAUGGAUAGUAAAUCUAAAUUACGACAUCGCGCUGUCAGCGAAGUUUCGAGGAUGUUCUCUACUGAUCAUUAAAGGCCCGUAUCUAAGUGGGAAGGUCUUACCUCCAGUUGAAGAUGCCGUAAGUCGAACACUGAUCACGAAGCGUAUCGUCAACCCAUUGACAAAAGUUCAUCUGGCUGGCAUGCGUCGGGUUGUCGCUGAUUAUUUUGCACCCAGGUUUUCUCGUGUGGCUGACACCGUAACGAAAUACUUCAAAGAGACGUUUGGGCCCUACCUGCGUUUUAUUGUCAUCGCGGGACGAAAUCUGGUGGUGGCCAUGACCGGUGAUGUUCAAUCGACACGAGCUCUGAUUUACUGCUGUGAGGUUGACGACGUGGGCCUUCUGGUUAUCCGGGUCGCAGAAACUGUAACUGAAGAAAACUGAGCGUGCGGACACGAUACAAGGAGCAUGAGUUUUCUAUUAUAUUAAACAUAUUUAGCUUUAUUAGCGUAGUGCAUUCCGGAUCAGGUUAUUUAGGAUCAGGGACAGUUGUUGAAAAACGAAUUACACUAUAGAUCUUGUAAUAAAUCGUUAAGUUGUGGUCAGUUCUCUUGAAAAAUCCCACAAACUAACAAAACUAUAAUGCUGAAGAGUAUUCUGUUAAAAUUUCAACAUCUUUCAUAUCAGAUGUUCCCCUGCAAAUAUGUUUUAAUGGAAACUUUAAACUCGCCGUAGAAAAUGUAUGCCAUUCGUAGUUGC